AUGGGGAACCAUCAACCUGGCAAAAAUGGCUCUCCACCGGACCCACAGACCGUCCCAUUUCUGGUCGACUUCGGUACGGGCGAUGAGUUCCUGAACAAGUGGGUCGAGUUGGCACAUAAAUACGGUAGUGUGUUCAGCGUGAAGAUGGAGGGGCGUUGGGUGGUGUUUGUGACGGGUUGGGAGGCAGCUCGAGAGGUGCUGGUGAAGACGGAAUUGGACUUUGCAGAUAAGCCGCGAUAUCCAUCGUCUGAGGUACACAAUCUUGAAUAUAAAGGUAUUUUUGAUGCCCCUUGUGGUGACCGAUGGAAGAACCAGCGAAGUUUCGCUCUGACUACACUUCGUAGCUUUGGCUUCGGUAAAGUCAGCCUCGAGGGCUCCAUCACAAAACAAGUUGGAACUUGUCAAGAAUUUAAAGCAGUAGACUGCAGGGAUUUGCUGGGUGCACACACGGCAAACGUUCUCUUUGCAUUGAUCUUUGGACUUCGCUAA